AGUUCUAACCAGGGGCGGACUGACCAUUUGGAAACUCGGGCACUGCCCGAGGGCCCGUGGUCAGUAGGGGGCCCCAUGAGAUGCCCUUGGUACCUUUUUCAUAGGCUUUUUUGAGUUUGGGCAAGGACACAGGGGCCCUAUGAUCCCCUAUUGCCCGGGGGCCCCAUGAGUUGUCAGUCCGCCCCUGGUUCUAACUGUGGUUGGACGGAGAGUGCACUCCCUUUAGGAGAUAUAACAUGUAGCGGCCGAGUUGGCAUCCGUGAGGUGAUAGGCGAUUAGCCA